AUGAUAACUAAAAAUCUUUUGGUUGGUGAUUUGACUGACAACUUGGGUAAUUUGAAGAACCUUAUGAAACUCAUACUGUAUAACAUUAAUAUGAAUGAGAAAGAUGCUAUAAAACUGGCAGAAGAUCUGACAAACCUGAAGAUGUGUUUAUUUCAUUUAACCCACUUGUCUGACAUUGGGAAGGGAAUGGAUUACACUGUCAGGUCUCUGUCAAGUGAACCCUGCGACCUUGAAGAAAUCCAAUUAAUCUCCUGCUGCUUGUCUGCAAAUGCAUUUCUGAACUGCUCUCCAUUUCUUCAAGUUGCCAGGCUGAACAUCCUGGAGCAGCUCACUGCACUGAUGCUGCCCUGGUGCUGUGGUCUGCAAGUCAGCCUGACCAGCCUGGUGGAGCAGAAGGAGGGCCCACAGCUCAUCAAGCUUGGGUUCAAACAUUGGAGACUCGCAGAUGCAGAGAUUAGAAUUUUAGGUGAAUUUUUUGGAAAGAACCUGCUGAAAAACUUCCAGCAGUUGGAUUUGGCAGGAAAUUGUGUGAGCAGUGAUGGAUGGCUUGCCUUCAUGGGUGUACUGGAGAAUCUUAAGUAAUGAGUGUUUUUUGACUUCAGUACUGAAGAGUUUUUGCCUGAUGCAGCAUUAGUCAGAAAACUUAGCCAUGUGUUAUCCAAGUUAACUUUUUUGCAAGAAGCUAGGCUUGUUGGGUGGUAAUUUGAUGAUGAUGACCUCAGUGUUAUUAAAGAUGUUUUUAAACUAGUAACUGCUUAAAUAAAGCGUACCCUAAGUGCUCUGGGUACCCCAUUAUUUUUAGCCUAGUGAUUUUAAAAUCUUACAAAAGGAAGCCAAAGAAGAUAAGGAAGUGGAAAGGACUUUAAUUUGAUAACAUGUGCAAUAGUUUUGUGUCUCAUCUCUCCUACUAGGAUUAUUAACUCCUUGAAAGGACUCUUGUUACCUCUUUGUGUUACCCUGGGCGCCAAGAAUACCAGGUCACAAAAAGUGAUAUAUUGUAUGUAUAUUUACUUAGUAUAGUGCCUGGCAUGUAAUAGAUUCUCAAUAAAU